AUGAGAACACGGGUCAAAGGCGGUAGAAGUAGCAAGAGCGCAACAUCCAAGAAGGGUAGACUGUUUCCGCUGUUUCAGUGGUGUAUCCUGGCGUAUGUGCUAGUUGUGGGAUAUCUGUUGGGAGGACCCGUGAUUUCCAAGCAUUUAGGUAUCUUGUCGGCAUCUUCUCAGCCGUUCAACCAUACGCCUCUGGCAGAACGAAAGCUGGAGACCGUCUCUACUACCGGUACUCAACAACAAAAUGACAAAACAUUGCAAAUGAAACAAUCAACUUCUUCUGCUGCUGGUGGUGGUGCUGCUGGUAGCUCUACCCAAGAAGAACCACAAGAACACCAACCACAAGAAAUACUGCAAAAAGAUGACUCCAACAAUUUUCUACCCCGUGUCUUGGCAUUUGUCUUUCCUCAAUUUCACCGCGAUAAAAUCAACGACCGACUCUGGGGAGAAGGAUUCACGGAUUGGGAUAAUUUGCGCAAUGCACCCAAAACCAAUCGGGAAGGAUUUGCCAUUCCUCGGCCGACAGAACUGGGAUAUUACGAUUAUUCUCAAUCUGAGCCACGUCGAAAACAGGGAGAAUUGGUCAAAGAGUAUGGCUUGGAUGGACUCAUCUUUCAUCAUUACUGGUUCUAUGAUCCAAAACAUCCCGGUCCCACCCUGGAGGCUCCGCUAGAAGCCAUGUUGAAAGAUGGAUAUCCGGAUGUGCCGUUUGCCCUGCACUGGUGUGCCAGCAAAUGGGUGAAUACAUGGAGUGGAAAUGUCCGUCCUGAUUUUGUCUUUGAUGAACCCAAUGUUUUGCAAAAGCAAUAUUUCCCAACCAACCAAACCGAUGAAGCCAUUACACAACACUAUCAAUGGUUACGACAAUUCUUUCAUCAUCCAAACUACAUCAAAGUCGAUGAUGGAAAACCACUCUUUAUGCUCUACCAAAAGAAACCAGGUUCCUUUCCCGUGCUGAAACGGCUCAAAGAAUUGGCACGACAAGAUGGAUUCCCAGGACUCUACUUGACCGUGGGAUUGACCAUGCCACACACACAUCUGCAACCCAUUUCCAAUCCGAACCAAUACAAACCACCUCCUCAAAAAUGGAGCACUGUCGCCCGCGAAAAUUUUGAUCGACCCGUCGCUUAUCCCAAUCCGUCGGGAUGGAAUCAGUACCGAACCAUGGAGGUGCCGCAGUGGUGUCACCAAAAAGAAACCUACACGCGAGUGCCAGACAUUGCCGGCAUUGUGAGUUCCUUUGACAAUACACCCCGACGAAAUUAUCAAGAUGCCGUCCUCUGGUCAAACGAUCAACCCGCCAAGGUGGUCGAACGAUUCCAACAAUCUCUCUAUGGAUCUCUCUACUAUGAGGCAUGUUGUUUCCCGGGGGAACUGGAACGGCGGCUCGAGACACGUCGUGACCAAGAUGAUCGAUUCAUUAUCAUUAACGCCAUGAAUGAAUGGGCCGAAGGUAUGGCCUUGGAACCCAGUGAUGUCUUUGGGAGAUCAUUCCUGGAAGCCAUUCGUGAGGCCAAAAAGCGUGUCCGGGAGAGUCAGUGUGGGGUGGAUAUCUUGCCACAAUUUGCUGCCAAGGUGAAAUAA